AUUAAAUAAUGAAAACAAUAAAUUAAUAAAUUGACAAACUUUAAAAAUAUAAAAUUUAUUUUGCACAAAUAUCCUAAUCAUCUAUCAUAAAACUACUAAAUUUUUAAUAGAUAGAUACACAAAAUGUGAUAUUUUAAAUUAUUAUUUAUAAAUAAAAUACAUAUAUGUACACACACAUAUACAAAAAGUAGUUAAAAAUGAAUGAAAGCGAUGAUGAUGAUUUACAGUUAUGUCCUACGACACUUGCUGCCUUAAAAGAGUUUCUUAAAGAAAAGGAAGAAAGAGAAAAUCAGUUGAAACAUACUUUAGAAAAUCAACAUUUAGAUGUCUCUUUUGAUGAGAAUUGGCAAUUAAGUCAGUUUUGGUAUGAUGACAAAACAACAGAUACUCUUGUAAAAGGUGCUAUACAGUGUACAGAGUCUGAUGGGAAAAUUGCAUUAAUAUCAUGUCCUACACUGUAUAGUAAACUAAAAAAAACUUCUGGUGAACGAAAAGUCACUCUUUUUGAGUAUGAUGAACGUUUUAAAGCGUAUGGUUCAGAUUUUGUACCAUACAAUUAUAAAUUUCCUUUAAAUAUACCUGGAGAUAUGUCAAACUUUUAUGAUUUAGUGAUAGCUGAUCCACCAUUUCUUUCUGAUGAAUGUUUAACAAAAACUGCCCUUACAAUAAAAUUCUUAGCCAAAAAGGAUAUUGUACUUUGUACAGGUGCUAUUAUGAGCGAUUUGGCAGAGAGAUUAUUGAAUGUUAAAAUUUGCAACUUUGUACCUCAUCAUCAAAACAAUCUUGCAAAUGAAUUUUACUGUUAUUCAAAUUUCGAUUUUGAUAAAAUGUUACAAUAAAACCGUGUAAUAAAGAAAUUAUACACAUUAAAA